AUGGCGUGGACAAAAUACCAACUGUUCCUCGCGGGACUUAUGCUAAUAACUGGCUCUAUUAACACACUGUCUGCCAAAUGGGCAGACACGUUCAGUGCGCAGGGUUGCAAUGGUGACCCUGAACAUGCUUUCGCGCACCCGUUUGUCCAGGCAGUGGGGAUGUUUUUGGGAGAAUUCAGCUGUCUGGGUGUCUUCUACAUCCUACUUUGCCAUGACCGGCGCAGGCCGGAACCCAGCAUGAACCCUGGCCAGAGUUUCAACCCUCUUCUUUUCUUCCCUCCCGCCAUGUGUGACAUGUUGGCUACUUCAACAAUGUAUGUCGCUCUCAACAUGACCAGUGCAUCCAGCUUCCAAAUGUUACGCGGAGCCGUCAUCAUCUUCACGGGUCUACUGUCUGUGGCGUUUCUCGGGCGCCGGCUGCUGCCCAGUCAAUGGAUUGGAAUUCUUGUCACCAUCCUAGGACUGGUGAUAGUGGGCCUCGCCGACUUCAUCAGUGGACAUCAUGAUGACACUCAUAAACUCAGUGAUGUCAUCACAGGCGACCUCCUGAUCAUUAUGGCUCAAGUAAUCGUGGCAGUGCAGAUGGUCCUAGAGGAAAAGUUUGUCUACAAGCAUGAUGUCCAUCCUCUGCGGGCUGUUGGAACUGAGGGUUUCUUUGGCUUUGUCGUUCUGUCACUGCUGCUCAUCCCCAUGUAUUUCAUCCACGUGGGCGAUUUCAGCGAUAACCCCCGACAGGUUCUGGAGGACGCUCUUGAUGCCUUCUGUCAAAUCGGAUAUCGCCCUCUUAUUUUACUGGCCCUGCUGGGCAACACGGUUAGCAUCGCUUUCUUCAACUUCGCCGGCAUCAGCGUCACCAAGGAGAUAAGCGCCACCACUCGCAUGGUGUUGGACAGCCUGCGAACGUUGGUCAUCUGGGCGGUGAGCCUGGCACUGGGCUGGGAGCAGUUCCUCGGACUGCAGGUGCUGGGGUUUUUGGUUCUGCUGGUCGGAACUGCGCUGUACAAUGGACUGCAUCGCCCCAUCCUGGCUAGAAUACCGUGCUGCGCUGCACUGGCAGCUGUAGAGGAGGAUAGCAGUGCAGCCGAAAGGGAGAGACUCCUGGGAGAUGGCAGGGUGCAGACACCUGACGAAAGCUAG